UGAGUCAAGAUGGCGGCCAAGGUGGCGAAGCAGCAGCGGCGGCGGCGGCGGCAGCGGCUGGAGUGAGUGUCUGGCUCGCCGCGCCGAGCGAGGUCCCGGCGUAGGGCCGCGCGCCGGGGCCGCGUCCUGCUCCUGAGGCCGGGGGACGCGCCGGCUCCCACGCUCUGCCAGCUCCCGGUGGUUUCCUAGAAACAUGAUUGUUUGUUGGACUUGAUCUCACAGCCCAGUGAGGACUCCUUUACUGAUAAUGUCAAGUUCAGGUUAUCCUCCCAACCAAGGAGCAUUCAGCACAGAACAAAGUCGUUAUCCUCCCCACUCUGUCCAGUACACCUUUCCCAGCACUCGCCACCAGCAGGAGUUUGCAGUCCCUGACUACCGCUCUUCUCAUCUUGAAGUUAGUCAGGCAUCACAGCUCUUGCAGCAACAGCAACAACAACAGCUUCGAAGACGACCUUCCUUACUUUCAGAAUUUCACCCAGGGUCUGACAGGCCUCAAGAGAGGAGAACUGGAUAUGAACAGUUUCACCCAGGCCCAUCCACAGUGGAUCAUGAUUCACUGGAAUCCAAGCGACCACGUCUGGAGCAGGUUUCUGAUUCCCAUUUUCAGCGUGUCAGUGCUGCGGUUUUACCUUUAGUGCACACGCUGCCAGAAGGAUUGAGGUCUUCUGCAGAUGCUAAGAAGGAUCCAGCAUUUGGAGGCAAACAUGAAGCUCCAUCUUCUCCAAUCUCUGGGCAACCAUGUGGAGAUGAUCAAAAUGCUUCACCUUCCAAGCUUUCAAAAGAAGAGUUAAUACAGAGUAUGGAUCGUGUAGAUAGAGAAAUUGCGAAAGUAGAACAGCAGAUCCUUAAACUGAAAAAGAAACAACAACAGCUCGAAGAAGAAGCAGCUAAACCUCCUGAGCCUGAAAAGCCUGUGUCCCCUCCUCCUGUGGAACAGAAACACCGAAGUAUUGUCCAAAUUAUUUACGAUGAGAACCGGAAAAAAGCAGAAGAAGCUCAUAAAAUUUUUGAAGGUCUUGGCCCAAAAGUUGAACUGCCACUCUAUAACCAGCCAUCAGAUACAAAGGUGUACCAUGAGAACAUCAAGACUGGAGUACCUGCAAGGCGCAUGAUGAAAAACCAGGUGAUGAGGAAAAAACUCAUUUUAUUUUUUAAAAGAAGAAAUCAUGCAAGAAAACAAAGGGAACAAAAAAUCUGCCAACGUUAUGAUCAGCUCAUGGAAGCAUGGGAGAAAAAAGUGGACAGAAUAGAAAACAAUCCCCGGAGGAAAGCUAAAGAAAGCAAAACAAGAGAGUACUAUGAAAAGCAGUUCCCAGAAAUUCGAAAACAAAGAGAACAGCAAGAAAGAUUUCAGCGAGUUGGGCAGAGGGGCGCUGGUCUUUCAGCCACCAUUGCUAGGAGUGAACAUGAGAUUUCUGAAAUUAUUGAUGGUCUCUCUGAGCAGGAGAAUAAUGAGAAACAAAUGCGGCAGCUCUCUGUGAUCCCACCUAUGAUGUUUGAUGCAGAACAAAGACGGGUCAAGUUCAUUAACAUGAAUGGGCUUAUGGAGGACCCUAUGAAGGUUUAUAAAGAUAGGCAAUUUAUGAAUGUUUGGACUGACCACGAGAAGGAGAUCUUUAAGGACAAGUUUAUCCAGCAUCCAAAAAACUUUGGACUAAUUGCAUCCUACUUGGAAAGGAAGAGUGUUCCUGAUUGUGUUUUAUAUUACUAUUUAACCAAGAAAAAUGAGAAUUACAAAGCCCUAGUGAGAAGGAAUUAUGGAAAACGCAGAGGCAGAAAUCAGCAGCAAAUUGCCCGACCCUCACAAGAAGAAAAAGUAGAAGAAAAAGAAGAGGAUAAAGCAGAAAAAACAGAAAAGAAAGAAGAAGAAAAGAAAGAUGAAGAGGAAAAGGAUGAGAAGGAGGACUCUAAAGAAAAUACCAAGGAAAAGGAUAAGAUGGAAACUACAACAGAAGAAACUGAGGAGAGAGAACAGGCCACGCCUAGGGGGCGAAAGACUGCCAACAGUCAAGGCCGCCGGAAGGGGCGAAUCACCAGGUCCAUGACAAAUGAAGCUGCAGCUGCCAGUGCCGCAGCUGCAGCUGCCACUGAAGAGCCUCCACCACCUCUGCCACCACCACCAGAACCCAUUUCCACAGAGCCUGUGGAGACCUCUCGAUGGACAGAAGAAGAAAUGGAAGUGGCUAAAAAAGGCCUAGUAGAACAUGGCCGUAACUGGGCGGCAAUUGCCAAAAUGGUGGGAACUAAAAGUGAAGCUCAGUGUAAAAACUUCUAUUUUAACUAUAAAAGACGACACAAUCUCGACAACCUCUUGCAACAGCAUAAACAGAAAGCUUCACGUAAACCUCGUGAAGAACGUGAUGUGUCUCAGUGUGAAAGUGUUGCUUCCACCGUUUCUGCUCAGGAAGAUGAAGAUAUUGAAGCUUCCAAUGAAGAAGAAAAUCCUGAAGAUAGUGAAGGUGCUGAAAAUAGUUCUGAUACAGAAAGUGCUCCUUCUCCUUCACCAGUUGAAGCUGUCAAGCCCAGCGAAGACAGCAGUGAAAAUGCUGCUUCUCGAGGAAAUCCCGAACCCAUGGCUGAUGCGGACUCCACUACAGAAACGGCACCGGGUGCAUCUCCUUCCUCAGCARUUCCAAGUACAAAACCAGCUGAAAAUGAAAGUGUGGAGACCAAGGUGAAUGACAGCAUCAGUGUUGAGACAGCAGAGCCAAUGGAUGUAGAACAUCAGGAGCACAGUGCUGAAGCAGGUUCUGUUCUUGAUCCCCCAACCACUACCAAAGCAGACACGGUGGAUGUUGAAAUGAGGGUGCCUGAAAACAGUGCAUCUAAAGGUGAUGGAGAUACCAAAGAAAGAGACUUGGAGAGAGCCAGUGAGAAGACAGAGCCUAGAGAUGAGGAUUUGGUGGUGGCUCAGCAGAUAAAUGUCCAAAGACCAGAGCCCCAGUCAGAUAAUGAUUCCAGUGCAACAUGCAGUGCUGAUGAAGAUGUGGAUGGAGACCCUGAGAGACAGAGAAUGUUUCCUAUGGACACAAAGCCUUCAUUAUUAAACCCCACUGGAUCUAUACUAGUCUCAUCCCCAAUAAAACCAAAUCCAUUGGAUCUGCCACAGCUUCAGCAUCGAGCUGCUGUUAUACCACCAAUGGUUUCUUGCACCCCUUGUAAUAUACCACUUGGAACCCCUGUGAGUGGCUAUGCUCUCUACCAGCGACACAUCAAGGCAAUGCAUGAAUCAGCACUCCUGGAGGAACAGCGGCAGAGGCAAGAACAAAUAGAUUUGGAAUGUAGAAGUUCUACAAGUCCAUGUGGCACUUCCAAGAGUCCAAAUAGAGAAUGGGAAGUUCUUCAACCUGCUCCACAUCAAGUGAUAACUAAUCUCCCUGAAGGGGGUAGACUUCCAACAACUCGACCAACCAGGCCACCACCACCUCUUAUCCCAUCAUCCAAAACCACAAUGGCUUCAGAAAAACCAUCUUUUAUAAUGGGAGGCUCUAUCUCACAGGGCACGCCUGGCACUUACAUGACUUCUCAUAAUCAGGCUUCCUAUACUCAAGAAACGGCUAAGCCCUCUGUGGGGUCUAUCUCUCUUGGACUUCCAAGGCAGCAGGAAUCCACCAAAUCAGCUACUUUGCCCUAUAUCAAGCAGGAAGAAUUUUCUCCCCGGAGCCAAAAUUCACAGCCUGAGGGUUUAUUGGUCAGGGCCCAACAUGAAGGCGUGGUCAGAGGUACCACAGGAGCUAUCCAAGAAGGAAGUAUAACUCGAGGAACUCCAACCAGCAAAAUUUCAGUGGAGAGUAUCCCUUCUCUACGUGGCUCUAUCACUCAGGGGACCCCAGCUCUGUCCCAGGCUGGCAUACCAACUGAGACUUUGGUGAAGGGGUCCAUUUCUCGGAUUCCCAUUGAAGAGAGCAGUCCUGAGAAAGGCAGAGAAGAAGCUGCAUCCAAAGGCCAUGUUAUUUAUGAAGGCAAAAGUGGACACAUUUUAUCAUAUGAUAAUAUUAAGAAUGCCAGAGAAGGGACCAGGAGUCCAAGAACAGCACACGAAGUCAGUUUAAAAAGAAGCUAUGACUCAGUGGAAGGGAAUAUAAAACAAGGGAUGUCAAUGAGGGAGUCUCCUGUAUCAGCACCAUUAGAGGGACUAAUAUGCCGAGCAUUACCCAGGGGGAGUCCUCAUUCUGACCUCAAAGAAAGAACUGUGCUGUCUGGCUCUAUAAUGCAGGGUACACCAAGGGCAACAACUGAAAGCUUUGAAGAUGGCCUUAAGUAUCCCAAACAGAUUAAAAGGGAAAGUCCUCCCAUACGAGCAUUUGAGGGUGCCAUUACCAAAGGAAAACCAUAUGAUGGCAUCACCACCAUCAAAGAAAUGGGGCGUUCCAUUCAUGAGAUUCCACGGCAAGAUAUUCUAACUCAGGAAAGCCGAAAAACUCCAGAAGUGGUCCAGAGCACAAGGCCAAUAAUUGAGGGUUCCAUCUCCCAGGGCACACCAAUAAAGUUUGACAGCAACUCAGGUCAAUCUGCCAUCAAACACAAUGUCAAAUCCUUAAUAACGGGGCCUAGCAAACUACCCCGUGGAUUGCCUGCACUGGAAAUCGUACCAGAGAAUAUAAAAGUGGUGGAAAGGGGAAAAUAUGAAGAUGUGAAAGCAGGUGAGCCAGUGCGUUCCCGGCACACGUCGGUGGUGAGCUCCGGCCCCUCCGUUCUCAGGUCCACACUUCAUGAAGCUCCAAAAGCACAACUGAGCCCGGGAAUUUACGAUGACUCCAGUGCUCGGAGGACCCCUGUGAGUUAUCAGAACACCAUGUCCAGAGGCUCGCCUAUGAUGAACAGAAGUUCUGAAGUUACGAUCUCUUCUAGCAAGUCUGCCAAUCACGAAAGGAAGUCAACACUGACCCCUACCCAAAGGGAAAGUAUACCAGCUAAGUCUCCAGUACCUGGGGUAGAUCCUGUUGUGAGCCACAGCCCAUUUGACCCUCAUCACCGGAGCAGCGCCGCAGGGGAAGUUUAUCGGAGCCACCUUUCCACACACCUGGAUCCAGCCAUGCCUUUUCACAGGGCUCUGGAUCCUGCAGCUGCUGCUUACCUGUUUCAGAGACAGCUUUCUCCAACUCCAGGCUACCCAAGUCAGUAUCAGCUUUAUGCAAUGGAAAACACAAGGCAGACAAUCCUAAAUGAUUAUAUUACCUCACAGCAGAUGCAAGUGAACUUGCGCCCAGAUGUAGCCAGAGGACUCUCCCCAAGAGAGCAACCACUGGGUCUCCCAUACCCAGCCACAAGAGGAAUCAUUGACCUGACCAAUAUGCCUCCAACGAUAUUAGUGCCUCAUCCAGGGGGAACAAGCACUCCUCCCAUGGACAGAAUCACUUAUAUUCCUGGUACACAGAUUACUUUCCCUCCCAGGCCAUACAAUUCUGCUUCUAUGUCUCCAGGACACCCAACACAUCUUGCAGCAGCAGCAAGUGCAGAGAGGGAGCGGGAGAGAGAAAGGGAACGAGAGAAGGAGAGGGAACGUGAACGGGAGCGGGAGCGGGAGCGGAUUACUGCAGCUUCCUCUGACCUCUACUUGAGACCAGGCUCAGAACAGCCUGGCAGACCUGGUAGUCAUGGAUAUGUUCGCUCCCCGUCCCCUUCAGUAAGAACUCAGGAGCCCAUGUUGCAGCAAAGACCCAGUGUUUUCCAGGGAACCAAUGGAACCAGUGUAAUCACACCUUUGGAUCCAACUGCUCAGCUACGAAUCAUGCCACUGCCUGCUGGAGGCCCUUCAAUAAGCCAAGGCCUGCCAGCCUCCCGCUACAACACUGCUGCGGAUGCCCUGGCUGCUCUUGUGGAUGCUGCAGCUUCUGCACCCCAGAUGGAUGUUUCCAAAACAAAAGAGAGUAAGCAUGAAGCUGCCAGGUUAGAAGAAAAUUUGAGAAGCAGGUCAGCAGCAGUUAGUGAACAGCAGCAGCUAGAGCAGAAAACCCUGGAGGUGGAGAAGAGAUCUGUUCAGUGUCUGUACACUUCUUCAGCCUUUCCAAGUGGCAAGCCCCAGCCUCAUGCUUCAGUAGUGUAUUCUGAGGCUGGGAAAGAUAAAGGGCCUCCUCCAAAAUCCAGAUAUGAGGAAGAGCUAAGAACCCGAGGGAAGACUACCAUUACUGCAGCUAACUUCAUAGACGUGAUCAUCACCCGGCAAAUUGCCUCGGACAAGGAUGCAAGGGAACGUGGCUCUCAAAGUUCAGACUCUUCUAGUAGCUUGUCUUCUCACAGAUAUGAAACACCUAGUGAUGCUAUAGAAGUCAUAAGUCCUGCCAGCUCACCUGCACCACCCCAGGAAAAACUGCAGGCCUAUCAACCAGAGAUUGUUAAGGCAAAUCAAACAGAAACCGAUCCCACCAGACAGUAUGAAGGACCACUGCAUCACUAUCGACCCCAGCAGGAAUCACCAUCUCCACAACAGCAGCUGCCUCCUUCUUCACAAGGAGAGGGGAUGGGCCAAGUGCCUAGGACCCAUCGGCUAAUCACACUUGCUGAUCACAUCUGUCAAAUUAUCACACAAGAUUUUGCUAGAAAUCAAGUUUCCUCACAGCCUCCCCAGCAGCCUCCAACUUCUACAUUCCAGAAUUCACCAUCUGCUUUGGCGGCUACAACUGUGAGGACUAAAACCUCAAGUCGCUAUAGCCCAGAAUCCCAGUCUCAAUCUGUCCUUCAUCAAAGACCAGGCUCUAGAGUCUCUCCAGAAAAUCUUGUGGACAAAUCCCGGGGAAGCAGACCUGGGAAAUCUCCAGAGAGGAGUCAUGUCCCUUCAGAGCCCUACGAGCCCAUCUCCCCACCCCAGGUUCCAGUUGUGCAUGAGAAACAGGACAACAUGUUGCUGUUAUCUCAGAGGGGCUCGGAGCCUACAGAGCAGAGAAAUGAUUCCCGCUCACCAGGGAGUAUAAGCUACUUGCCUUCAUUCUUCACAAAGCUUGAAAAUACAUCACCCAUGGUUAAAUCAAAGAAGCAGGAGAUUUUUCGUAAGUUGAACUCUUCUGGUGGAGGUGACUCUGAUAUGGCAGCUGCUCAGCCAGGAACUGAGAUCUUCAAUCUGCCAGCAGUUACUACAUCAGGCUCAGUUAGCUCUAGAAGUCAUUCUUUUGCUGAUCCUGCCAGUAAUCUUGGUCUAGAAGAUAUUAUCAGGAAGGCUCUCAUGGGAAGCUUUGAUGACAAAGUUGAGGAUCAUGGAGUUGUCAUGCCCCAACCUGUGGGAGUAGUGCCUGGUAGUGCCAGCACCUCAGUUGUGACCAGCAAUGAGACCAGGAGAGAUGAAGGAGACCCAUCACCUCACUCGGGAGUUUGCAAACCAAAGCUGAUGAGCAAGUCUAACAGCAGAAAGUCUAAAUCUCCUAUCCCUGGGCAAGGAUAUUUAGGAACUGAACGGCCCUCAUCAGUAUCCUCUGUACAUUCAGAAGGUGAUUACCAUAGACAGACACCAGGCUGGGCCUGGGAAGACAGGCCCUCCUCCACAGGCUCAACUCAGUUUCCUUUUAACCCUCUGACUAUGCGGAUGCUCAGCAGUACACCACCAACAUCCAUUGCAUGUGCUCCCUCUGCUGUGAACCAAGCAGCUCCUCACCAACAGAACCGGAUCUGGGAGCGGGAGCCAGCCCCUCUGCUCUCUGCACAGUAUGAGACUCUAUCCGAUAGUGAUGACUGAACUGCACAGGGAAGGAAUGGGAAGCAGGGAAUGGGCACAGAGGAGGGAGCUUUAGUUUUUUGGUAAUUUUAUUUUCAGUUGCAGGUCAAAAACCUGCCCUCCCAUAACUUGUGCCCAGAGACUUCAGGAGAGCCAUGCCACAGAUGAAGAAAAAAUGAUGGAAAUUCAUUUGGAAAAUCAAAUGGGGGUGGGGGGAACUGCCUCUGAUACAGGCUAUUCAGUGGAUUCUAAUAAUAGUGGAGGGUUGAAAUGUAGUUUCAAAAGUGGACAAUUUCUGUUCUUACAUCUGUUUAUAAAGAAAAUCAUAAUGUCUUUAAAUCACUCUUAUGUAAAUAGAUGACCUUUUUGCAGUGUAUCCCCUUGCUGUAGUAUCUGGUGUACUUAUGUUCAAAUCAGCGCAUCAACGUUGGGGAUAAUUUUUUAAAAUCUUUUUUGUCUAUCUUUUUAACCCUAGCCUUCUAAACAAACCUCAUACAGCCCAGUUAUAAUGUUGGCUGUCACGGGCAUUGUACUUUUAUCUGAUUUUGUUCUCUCCAAAUUCAGCUUCCCAGUGAUGUUUAAAAUUUUGUGAAAAUGUUUAGAUUUUUAACAUAGACCCUGUCGUAAAAUCUAUACAUUAGGGUCAAAAGGUAGGAGCAACAGAAUUCUGCCAUACUGUAAUUUCCAAUGCAGGCUUUAAAUUUUUUUUCCACUAGUAGCACUGAAAAAAAUAUUACUGCAUGGAUAUGUUAUAGUUCAGUUUUUAAAGUUUUAAAGGCUUAUUUGAGGCAUACCUCACUGUUAUGCACACUGGUAAUUUAACCAUGCCCCUAAGUAUUCCUUUUCUUCUGCAUUUGAUGCAGCCCAACAAAGCUUUUGUUUUGAAAUAAAUUUGACUACCCUGUCCAUA